CGUCAAACUCACUAAUUUUACACAGUUGCGCCCAGUACUUGUCAGCUUCUACACAGCAAUAAUGUGCGUACAAUACAGGCCACACAUUCCUUGACCAUUCAUUCCGUGUUGACCCAACGCGCCAUUCUUCCUCCGCAAAUGCCCGUAGACAAAAUGGCCUCCUUUUCUGCGCUCGCCUCAUGGCGUACGCUCGCAAUCGUUUUCGCGUUGAUCAACCUCAAAUCUCUCCCUCUAUCAUGGCAUGUCCGCAUAUUCUACCGCAUGUUCAGCAGCUGGUAUACUCCAGCCCACGUCAAGCGCGCAAUUCAGUCAUCAUCCACAUCCAACAAGACACACCCACUCUUUCAACCUGUAUCCAUCUUCUCCCGCUCUCCUCUACUAGAAACAGACUACAACCUGCACAAAAGCAACAGCACAUACUUUGCCGACCUGGACGAGAGCAGGAGUGCCCUAAUGACCAAGUUCCUCACGCCCAACUCGAAGCAAGGCGUCAAGAACCUGGAAAAGGAAGGACAUAAAGGCCGCACAGGAGUUAUACUCGGCAGCGUACAUACCUCUUUCCACCGAGAGAUCAAGCCCUACGAGCGGUACGAGGUGCGCUCCCGAGUGCUGGGUUGGGACAAGAAGUGGAUAGUCAUAGGGAGUUGGUUUAUACGACCUGCAAGAAAGGGAAAAGAGGAAGUCGUACUCGCCUCGUCGCUGAGCAAAUACGUGGUGAAGAAGGGCCGAUUCACUGUCGCACCGGAACGAUGCUUGACGACAGCAGGUUGGUUGCCCGCGAAGCCGGAGAACUCCAAGUCUAGAGCUGGCCAGCAAGCGAAUUCGUCUGAGGGGUCGGAAAAAGCGACACAAAUGUCUACCACGGAAUCAUAUACUGUACCUUCUGGGGUUGAUACACCGGAUGGCCUACCUGCGCCAGUGCCGGAACAGGCUGUUGAAGCCACGACCGCCAUUGUAGAGAAGCUCGAGAGCUUGGCGGAGAAGACAUCGAGACAGCAGGUGGACGCAAGUGAACCACUGAUGCCACUUACCGCACUAGACAAGGCUGGUGAAUGGGAUUGGCAUCACGUUGAAAUGGAGAGAGUAAGAGGCUUGCGCAUCGCGGAGAACUGGUUGGCCCUUGAUAAGCAGUUGCUCGAGGAGUAUGCACGGGGAUAGAAUUCGGGGCGUCGGUCCCGGCAACGAGAUAGACGAGUGUGACGCGGACGAUAUACAGUUGAUACAGCCUUGAGCGAUUGGAGGCAUGGUCUGCGGAGUUUCGUGGGUAAUUCAAGAUCUUGGGAAGACCGGAGCAUUGGCGCUCCGAGGGUAAGGCUAUUCUGUACAUGGAUACCUCUUUUGUGUCAUAUUAUAUACCUCGUAUCCGGUCGUGAUGAGACUAUACGGGUUAGACUAGAGUAAUAGACUAGAGUAAUAGACGAUCCCACGCGGGAGACAAAGAUAACAAUUUAUCCACCAGGGAUCCGAACUCGCAAUUGCUUUUUGAUAGCAAAUUCCGCUUGAAA